AUGUGGAACUCUCCUAAGGUAGGAAUCCUCGGCGGAGGCCAAUUGGGCCGCAUGCUGGUCGAGUCCGCCAACCGAUUGAACAUCCAAUGCAACGUACUCGAUGCGGAGAACUCCCCGGCCAAGCAGAUUAGCAGCCACGAUGGCCACGUUACCGGCUCAUUCAAGGAGCGCGAGGCCGUUAGGGAACUGGCCAAGACCUGCGACGUUGUGACGGCGGAGAUUGAGCAUGUCGACACCUAUGCCCUGGAGGAGAUCGCCUCUCAGGUCAAGAUUGAACCCAGCUGGCAAGCGAUUCGGACGAUUCAGAACAAGUUCAAUCAGAAGGAGCACCUGCGGAAAUAUGGUAUUCCCAUGGCGGAGCACCGUGAGCUGGCCGAGAACACUCCCGAAGAAUUGGCCAAGGUUGGCGAACAGCUUGGAUACCCUAUGAUGUUGAAGUCGAAGACUAUGGCGUACGACGGACGUGGAAACUAUCGUGUUAACUCCAAAGAGGAUAUUCCCGAGGCCCUUGAAGCGCUUAAGGACCGCCCAUUGUAUGCAGAGAAGUGGGCCUACUUCAAGAUGGAAUUGGCCGUCAUGGUCGUGAAGACCAAGGACGAUGUCCUGUCAUACCCCACCGUCGAGACCGUCCAAGAAGACUCGAUAUGCAAGCUUGUCUACGCCCCUGCGCGCAACGUAUCCGACGCCAUCAACCAGAAAGCUCAGGAGUUAGCCCGUAAGGCCGUCGCAGCCUUCGACGGAAAGGGCGUCUUCGGUGUCGAAAUGUUCCUCCUCGAAGACGACAGUCUGAUCCUGUGCGAAAUUGCUAGCCGUAUCCACAACUCCGGCCACUACACCAUUGAAGGUUGCCCCCUGUCUCAAUUUGAUACCCAUAUCCGCGCCAUUCUCGAUCUUCCCAUCCCUCCCAAGAGCCUGGAGCUCCGUCAACCCUCCAUCAUGCUCAACAUCAUCGGCGGUGCCGCCCCCGACACACAUCUGAAGGCUGCAGAGCACGCUCUCUCUAUCCCCAACGCCAGCAUCCACCUCUACAGCAAGGGCGCCGCCAAACCAGGCCGCAAGAUGGGCCACAUCACCGUCACCGCGCCGACCAUGCACGAAGCCGAGACGCACAUCCAGCCCUUGAUCGACGUGGUCGACGAGAUCCGCGCCCAGCGCAGCGACAUCAAGACCAAGCCCCAGCAGUCGGGCCCCUCGAAGCCCGCACCCUCCGUGGCCGUCAUCAUGGGCUCCGACAGCGAUCUCAAGACCCUCGUCCCAGGACUCAAGCUCCUUAAAGACUACUUCGGCAUCGAGCCCGCAGUUGAAAUCACCUCCGCUCACCGCACCCCAGAGUACAUGGCUGAGUACUCCGCCAGUGCCGCUGCCCGCGGUAUCAAGGUUAUCAUCGCUGCGGCAGGCGGCGCCGCGCAUCUCCCCGGUAUGGCCGCCGCUCACACCGCUCUUCCCGUGAUCGGCGUCCCAGUCAAGGGCAGCUCCUUGGAUGGUGUAGACAGUCUGUACAGCAUCGUGCAGAUGCCCAGAGGUGUCCCCGUCGCCACCGUCGGAAUCAACAACAGCAUCAACGCCGCUCUCCUGGCCGCCAGAAUCCUGGGCUCCUUUGACCCGGCCAUCCAGCGCAAGGUGGAGGCGUAUGCUGAGCAGGCUAAGACCGAAAACCUCGAUUUCAAGGGUACUAAGAUGCGCGAGCUCGGUUGGGAAAAGUACUUUGAGCAAAUGUGAAAAAGGGACUGGGAAAAGUUGGUUUAAUAGAGGUUAAAAUAGACGUGCGACGUGCUGAUGAAAUUUAAGUAGUUAUGUCUU